AUGGCAGAGCUUCGGAGCAGCAUUGAUGAGCAGUCAGUUGACUAUCUGGGACUACUAACAACUAUCCUGACUUUUCUCUUUAUAGACUUGGUCCAAGGAACCUCGAAGACGUGGCGGUAUCAUCUAUCUGCCGGCUGGGACUUUGUCCAGCAACAUCGUGCUUCCUGUAAAUGGGCCGGUUCAGACGACGCAUGGUAUGUCACGCAAAGCUUCUAUCUGCUUAGGAUUGAGUCCGAGACUUCAUUAAUGUGGCAUGACGGUGCGGAUCUGCUGGAGGAGCGAGUCUCUCCUUCGGAGGACGCAGUCUCCCUGGAAAAACUCUCGAACUAUCCGCUUUUUGGUCGAACUAUAGGGGCUUCGAGUUCAAUUCUUUCGUACUUAUCCGAGAUAAACCACCUUUCAAGGCACAUGAUGAAAUCGAAUUUUGAGGAUUAUGAUGACUCGACACUAUUGAAUUUUGAACGAAUGUUUAUCUUCGAGUCGAAUGCGGAAUUCCUGGACCCAGAGGGUCAGGAGUCUCUAGAAGAUCAUUCUCAGCGUCCUUCAUACAACGAACAGAAAGCUCAAGAGAUGCACCUUCGAGCUUUUGAGGCGGCGGCGGUUAUAUAUUAUCACCAGGUUGCCGAGGACGCAACUCCAAAAUAUCUAGCGCCUUACGUCCAUGCUGUCCUUCAUUAUGUUUUCAUCUUCCUGAAACAUUGUGGCGGAAACUACACCCUUUGGCCCGUUUUCAUCGCAGGCGUGGAAGCUUACGAGGAUUGUGACAUGGAGAAAUUCUCGGAUCUAUUCGAAAAUGCCACAUCUAUGGGCAUGAGAAAUAGGAAGAAAGCUAGGCAAGUGAUGGAAGCUGUUUGGUCUACUCGAUCUUCAAUCACGGCACAGACCGGCCAGAACCCUGGUGAGGUCCGAGUGAACUGGACGCAGGUCAUGCGUGGCCUCGACAUCGAUAUUCUACUUGUGUGA